AUGAACGUGCUCAAGCUUCAGAGGAAAUAUCCUCAGUUCCAGCAAGGCGACAUCUUUGGCCUGACCGACGCCUUCCGGAAGCUCGACGUCGACGACAAAGGCUAUAUCGACGAGGCCACUGCGAUCAAAGCUACCCAGCAGAGCGAGCGCCAACCCUACGAUGUCGUCAGACAGGCCCUGAAGGAAGUCGAGCUGGACUCGUCCCGGCGGGUCGAGCUCGAGGACUAUGUCGGACUCAUCGCAAAGCUCCGAGAUUCGUCGCCAGCACAACAGCGCAUGAACACGGGUGGCGCCGCUCCCGCUCCCUCUUCGGGUGUCGUGUCGCAAAGAACAGGAGGUGGGCAUGCCUCCAAGGGCAGCGUCGGCAAGAUUCAUGUCCAAGGAUCCAACGCCAACAUCACGCAUACCAUCAACGAGGAUGAGCGAACCGAGUUCACCCGCCACAUCAACGCCGUCCUGGCCGGCGACCCGGAUAUCGGUGACCGCCUGCCCUUCCCCACCGACACCUUUGAGAUGUUCGACGAGUGCAAGGACGGCCUCGUCCUCGCCAAGCUCAUCAAUGACAGUGUCCCCGACACCAUCGACGAGCGUGUCAUGAACGUGCCCGGAAGGAAGAUCAAGAAACUCAAUGCCUUCCACAUGACAGAGAACAACAACAUUGUCAUUGAGUCUGCCAAGGGUAUCGGCUGCUCGGUGGUCAACAUUGGCAGCGGUGAUAUCAUCGAGGUCAGAGAACAUUUGAUCCUGGGUCUGAUUUGGCAGGUUAUUCGGAGGGGUCUCCUUGGAAAGAUCGAUAUCAAGCUUCACCCGGAGCUCUACAGACUACUUGAGGAGGAUGAGACCCUUGAGCAGUUUCUGCGCCUACCUCCGGAGCAGAUUCUCCUGAGAUGGUUCAACUACCACUUGAAGGCCGCCAACUGGCCGCGGAGAGUCAACAAUUUCUCCACCGACGUCAAGGACGGCGAGAACUAUGCCGUCCUGCAGGCGCAGAUCGGCCACGAGUACGGCGCCAGUCGCGCCCCCCUCCAAACCCAGGAUCUGCUGCAGAGAGCCGAGCUGGUGCUGCAGGACGCUGACAAGCUGGGUUGUCGCAAGUUCUUGACCCCUACCUCGCUGGUUGCCGGAAACCCCAAGCUUAACCUCGCCUUCGUCGCCAACUUGUUCAACACCCACCCGGCUCUAGACCCCAUUACCGAAGAGGAGAAGCUGGAGGUCGAGGACUUCGACGCCGAGGGAGAGCGUGAGGCCCGGGUGUUCACUCUCUGGCUCAACAGCCUCGACGUCCAACCGGCUGUGGUGUCGUUCUUUGACGACCUGCGCGACGGUACGAUUCUUCUGCAGGCUUACGACAAGGUUAUCAAAGGAUCGGUCAACUGGCGCCACUGCAACAAGCGUCCUGCCCAUGGUGGUGAGCUGAUGAGAUUCAAGGCCGUGGAGAACACGAAUUACGCCAUCGAGCUCGGCAAGCAGAACGGUUUCUCUCUCGUUGGAAUCCAGGGUGCCGAUAUCACUGAUGGACAGAAGACCCUGACUUUGGGCCUGGUAUGGCAGCUCAUGCGAAAGGACAUCACAUUGACCCUGGCGGCCCUUGCCCAACGCCUUGGCAAGCGGGAGAUUACGGAUGCGGAGAUGGUUAGAUGGGCAAACGACAUGAGCAAAAAGGGAGGCCGCAACUCGGCCGUCCGGUCAUUCAAGGAUUCCUCCAUUGGAAGUGGUGUCUUCUUGCUGGACGUGCUCAACGGCAUGAAGAGCAGCUACGUCGAUUACGACUUGGUGACGCCCGGCCGCACAGAUGAGGAGGCGUACUUGAACGCCAAGUUGAGUAUCAGUAUAGCACGAAAGAUGGGCGCCACCAUCUGGCUAGUGCCUGAGGAUAUUUGCCAAGUUCGCAGCCGACUAGUCACUACCUUCAUUGGUUCCCUGAUGGCAACUUCUGAGAAGAUGCAUUAG